CCGCCGGCGGCGCGCGCGGCCCCGACGGCCGUGAGGGGCAGCGGCAGCGGCGGCGCCGGGGCGGGACCGCGGGGGCCGCGCCGCGCCGAGGGGCCGGGGGGAGCCCGCCGGGAGCCCGCCGGGACCUGCCGCCGGCACUGGCAAUGUCAUCCUGCUCAUAGGAUCCUCAUGACACACAGCAGCAUCAUGGUGGAUGUAGGCAAGUGGCCAAUAUUUACCUUACUGUCACCUCAAGAAAUAGCAUCCAUUCGGAAGGCGUGUGUGUUUGGAACAUCGGCCAAUGAAGCUAUUUACAUAACGCACAAUGAUGAGGUAUUUGUUUUUGGACUGAAUUGCAGUAAUUGUUUGGGAACUGGAGAUAAUCAGAGCACAAUAGUACCAAAGAAAUUAGAAGCCUUAUGUGGAAAGAAGAUUUCCAGUCUCAGUUACGGAAGUGGACCCCAUGUUGUACUUUGUACUGAAGAUGGUGAAGUGUAUGCUUGGGGACAUAAUGGUUACAGUCAGCUUGGAAAUGGCACAACCAAUCAGGGCAUUACUCCUGUUCAAGUUUGCACAAAUCUGUUAAUAAAGAAGGUGGUGGAAGUAGCUUGUGGCUCUCAUCAUUCCAUGGCGCUGUCAUUGGAUGGGGACCUGUAUGCUUGGGGCUAUAACAACUGUGGUCAAGUUGGAUCUGGAUCUACGGCAAACCAGCCAACUCCUCGCCGAGUUUCAAACUGUUUGCAGGGUAAAAUUGUAGUUGGCAUUGCUUGUGGUCAGACCUCCUCCAUGGCUGUAGUAAACAAUGGUGAGGUUUAUGGCUGGGGUUACAAUGGCAAUGGCCAGCUGGGGCUGGGAAACAACGGCAAUCAACUCACACCCUGCAGAGUGGCAGCGCUGCAUAGUGUGUGCGUGCUCCAGAUUGCCUGUGGCUAUGCGCACACACUAGCACUAACAGAUGAGGGUUUGCUCUAUGCCUGGGGAGCUAACACUUACGGGCAGCUGGGAACUGGCAAUAAAAGUAACCAGCUAAGCCCGGUGCAGAUCAUGAUGGAAAAAGAAAGGGUUGUGGAGAUUGCAGCCUGCCACUCUGCUCACACAUCAGCUGCCAAGACCCAGAGUGGCCAGGUGUACAUGUGGGGCCAGUGCCGAGGGCAGUCCGUGACCUUCCCCCACCUCACUCACUUUGCCUGCACUGACGAUGUGUUUGCUUGCUUUGCUACCCCUGCUGUUAUGUGGCGUCUGCUGUCAGUAGAGCAUGAAGACUUUUUAACAGUAGCAGAGUCUCUGAAGAAAGAGUUUGACAGCCCGGAAACCUCAGAUCUAAAGUUCCGUGUGGAUGGAAAGUACAUCUAUGUCCACAAAGCUGUUCUGAAAAUCAGGUGUGAACACUUCAGAACAAUGUUCCAGUCAUACUGGAAUGAGGAUAUGAAGGAAGUGAUAGAAAUAGACCAGUUUUCUUAUCCUGUGUAUCGUGCCUUUCUUGAGUACUUGUAUACAGACAGUGUUGACCUUCCGCCUGAAGAUGCAAUAGGGCUUUUGGAUUUGGCUACUUCGUACUGUGAAAACAGACUGAAAAAACUGUGUCAGCACAUCAUCAAGAGAGGAAUUACUGUGGAAAAUGCAUUUUCAUUGCUCUCUGCUGCUGUGAGAUAUGAUGCAGAGGACCUAGAGGAAUUCUGCUUUAAGUUUUGUGUCAAUCAUUUGACAGAAGUGACACAAACUACAGCAUUUUGGCAAAUGGAUGGUCCACUGCUAAAGGAAUUCAUUGCUAAAGCCAGUAAAUGUGGAGCCUUUAAGAACUGACAUGAGGCUGUAAGUUACGGUGCUGGUAGGGAGGUUUUUUGCAGUUACAGGAGGAUGCCAUAACUGUACGGGUACAGCAGCCAUUACGUGGUCUCUUGCACCAGAAGACGCGAAAGGCCACUGUGAAAACAAAUGUUUUCAGUGCUCCAGAGUGAACUGAUGUAAAAAUGUCAAGCAAAAUAUUCACCUUCAUUUAACCAAGUUGGAUGGUGGAACCAGCUCAAGAUUUGAGACAGGAAAUGCUGUGGUAUGCAAAGGAUACUGGCCGGUGUUACGGACUUACCUUUCUAGCCUAGGAAAUCUCAGUUCUAGCACUGCCUGCUCCUCUGUUCAGUUUACGUUUUGGGGUCGGAGCCACUGAAUGAUGUCACUUAAAUCAUUUAACUCCCUGGGAUUAUAGAGAAGCAAAUGGCAUGGUUAUUUCUUACUGCAUUUGCAUGAUGUUGAAUGAAUUGACCAUUUGCUGUGUGUAAUUAACCAAGUGUAUCCAGUGCUUAAAGUGUGCAAAAAUAAUGUAUCCUCAAAGCCUAGGCAAGUGACUUUGAGGAAAGGAGUUACUAGCAAAACUAAUUGGGAGUAAAUCUCUAUAUUUGGGUAUAUUUUAAUAUAAGUUGUAAUAUGUACUUUGUGUAAUCUGUUCAAGCAAUAUUUAUAAUGCUUAAUGGAAAUAAUUCCCUCUUGAGUGACUUCAGAUUACAUUGUUUCCCUCAGAGGGGAAGGGAUAUACUGUACUGAAAGUUGGGUGGGGUUUUGCUUUUAAAUACUGUCUAAAUUUAAACUACAUGUAAUAAAAUUUAAUUUUUUUUGUA